AUGGCGGCCUCGAAGGACGUGCCACCCUUGUUCUUCAGGGACGGCACGGUGUACAGGGAAUGGGGAUAUUACUUGGCCAGGUUGAACAAGUUCAACCUCGCGGAAACUUAUUUCAACAAGGCGAUCCAACAAGGCCAGGACGCUGACCUCAGGACUUAUCUAGGCCUUUGCAGGACGCAGGUCGAUUACGCAAGAUAUACCAGGGCGGCGGAGACUACUGAGCAAUGCAUGAAGAUAGACCCGACCUACUCUCACGUGAAGCAAAUGCAACUGCUGACCCUGUUCCACGUCGGCGAGUUCGAGUACAGUCUGGUCCACGCCCAUCAGGGCUUCAGGAGGCACCGUAGGACCGCGUUGGAACACGGGAUCCUGCAAGGCAACGAGAUCGUCGAGGACUGUGUGGGUAGGAACACUCACCCCAAAGCGUUGCAGCUACUUUCACCGUGGAUACGGAACCUCGAGGAACACCGGAAGCUCAUGAUCGAGAAGCUCAAAGAGGAAGUGGACGAGCUGGCCGGUAUAGACGAGGAGCAGGCCAGAUUUAAGGUGAACGACCCGGAAGCGAAAGCGGAGAACGGUUUCCGAAAGCUGCAGAAGGUGAUCGCGAAACUCUACCUGGGACAUUUGGCCUGCGACAAGAGUUUCCUGCAACGUUUGUCAGAGCAGGCGGAACUGUUCGAACAUCCGUGCAAGAAAUCGGCCGAGAUACUGCAUUAUCACGCGUCGAAGAAUUAUCAGAGGGCGUUGAAGAGGUUGCAGAUCCUGCGAAUGCGCAAGCCACUGUACACGAUACUUUUCGAGAAGAGGGCGGUGCCGAAGGGGCAUAAAACGAUGAUCGAGGCGGAGAAGAAGCUGAAAAGGGACCUCAUCAUAAUCGAAGCGGACUUUUUGUUGCGUCGCUUGCAUCACGUCAGGAUGAAGAAAGAUUAUGUCACGUUCUUCCAUUCAACAGUUCUACAGUUCAACAGUUCCAUGUUCAAAAUUUCAAUACUUCAACAAUUCAACAGUUCGAUGUUCAAAAUUUCAAAAUUUCAACAGUUCAACGUCCAGCAGUACAACAUUCAACAGUUCAACGUCCAACACUUCAACGUUCAAAACUAG